AGGAAUAUAUUCAGUAACUAUUUAGUCGUAGGCUUCAUCACAUUGAAGAAACAGAAAUCAAAUAUGAAGGCGAUUGUUAUUAUAUUUGCUUUCACCAUUGUUACUGUUCUGGGUAGUGGUCUCACAGACGAACAAAAAGAAAAGCUAAAACAAUACAAAGAAUCUUGUAUCGCUGAAUCUGGCGUGGAUCCAACUGUUGUAGAAAAUGCGAAAAAAGGGGAAAUAGAUGUAAAUGACGAAAAAUUAGCCUGCUUUCUUAAUUGCAUAGUAAAGAAAAUCGGAAUUAUAAAUGCAAAUGGAGACAUUGACUGGGAAGUAGCUCGUGCAAAAGCACCGUCCAGUUUAUCACAAGAGCAAAUCGAGCGCAUACAAACUAAUUGCCAAAAUGUUGCUGGAAGUGGUUGUCAAAAAGGAGCCAAUUUGGUUAAAUGUUUCAAGGAAAACAAGAGUUCUGUUUUACAUUAACGGAUGAGGCCAAACGUUACACAAUUUAAUUGGAUUUAAUUAAAUUUCUUUUCUACUUUAGAUAACAUUAAAAUGUUAUUUUACAUUUAUGCAUUGCUGUAGAAUUAUGUUAAGAAACAAAUAAAUAGACGUUCUGCUUUAGCUUAAAAAUAAAA